CUGCUCCUUUCCGACGCGGAUUGUACACUGUCCAGCCCAUCUGCGUCUUACUUCAACAACCAGUCGCGCACCGAGACACACACGGAUUCAUCAUCGCGCCCAGAGACACACGGAAUUUACUAGACAAAAGACGCAUCGCGCGCUUCGCACUCGGCCCUGGUCUGAGGCCUGACCUGAUCUGACCCGACACCUAUCACUCACACGACAAUGCUUACUGGCUCGAAUACACGAUAGGCAUUCCAUUCGUGCUCUCUCACUCCUGCUUUCCAAGCUUAUAUCAACCAAAUCGCUACCACCUUCCCUCGUCGACCAUCGCGCCAGAUACGCUGUCAGCAUCUACCCGCUCCUAGUGACGACGAGUCUCAGCCAUCGCAAACGACAAGAUGCAAGCUCAGGCACGUUCCCGCAAGCGUGCGGCCGACGGCAGUGCCCCAGACGCUUCCUAUUCAUAUCCCCAGCAGAUGCAGGAUGGAGCCUUCGGCGCGAAUGAUCCUCUGGCUUCAUACCGUAAUCCUCUCUCCAACGACGUGAACAACGCCUUUCCCGACUUCCCACCCUACGAUAACUCCGUCAAUAACGCGAACGCUGCUGCCGCCAACUUCUUCCCUCCGCAGGUGUCUACCAGCCAGGCUCCCACCUAUCCUCCCGCUGUCGCACCUCCUUCGAACCAGCUCGUCCGCAGGAAUACGAAUCAGCAAGUCGCUCGUACACCGCAAAGGAACCAAUGGAGUAACUUCGCCAACCAGCCUGACCGCGUAUGGGAGGACAUGGAGCAUGAAGAAGAGCAGGACUUGGACCAGAAGGCCGCUAUCGCGAAAAAAGACGCCCAAGCCAAGCGCAAACAGAUUCCACCAUUUGUACAAAAACUGAGCAGCUUUUUGGAUUCGUCUAACAAUACCGACUUGAUUCGAUGGUCCGAUGACGGUAACUCAUUCAUCGUGCUCGAUGAGGACGAGUUUGCACGCACCCUGAUUCCGGAACUCUUCAAGCACAACAACUAUGCCUCAUUCGUGCGACAGCUCAACAUGUACGGCUUUCACAAAAAAGUAGGCCUCAAUGCCAAUUCCAUGAAGGCGGCCGAGAAGAAAGUCAAGGACCCUAGUGUGUAUUGGCACGAAUACUUCAAAAGAGGCCGCCCGGAUCUGCUAUGGCUGAUUCAAAAACCCGCUGCCAAAUCGUCAGGCUCUAAGAGGAAACGAGACCAAGAUAAGCGCGAACCGGGCGAUAGCGACGAUGAGAACAAGAACUCGCCUGACACAGGAGAUGGAGCUGCAGGCUUGAUGACAACCAUUCCACGACAGGACAUGGGCACUUAUCGCGCCGAAUUGCAAAAAAUACAGCGUCAACAGAGUGUUAUUUCCAAAAUGAUCACGUCGUUAAAAGACCAGAAUGAGCAGUUUUAUAGGCAAGCGACUGCCUUCCAGGCUCUCCAUGAUAGGCACGAGAACUCUAUCAACGCUAUCCUCACCUUUCUGGCAACCUUCUACAAUCGCAGCUUAGAUGGUCAUGCUGGUCCUCCAAAUCUUGCGAGUUUCCUCAGCAGUGCAUCCAUGCCACAACAGCCUCAGCAGCAAGGAAGUGUCUUUGACAUGAGCGAUGACACCAUGCAUGAGAGUGGUGCGAACAACAUGAACAACCAACAGCUGCAACGCUACCAAAAACGGCCAUUGCUCCUGCCUGCUCCCGGUCCCCAAAACCUGUCUGCCUCGCCCUACUCCAACGCAAGUCCCUCUAUCCGUUCUUCCACUAGUCCUGGUCCCACGCAUCAAGGCCCGCAUGCAGCACAGUUUGGGCCACAGCCUCCUCAACAACGGCCGCAACAGUCGCAUCAACCGCAACAACCACAACGAGCCUCAGUGACUCCGGUGAUCAAGGACGAUGCGCCCACGCCCGACUUUGUCAACCAAUAUCCGGAAAAUGACGAUGUAAUGAACCUCAUCCACAACGUGAAUGCCAGCAACUCGCCCAACAACGGCGGUGCUGCAUCAAACUAUGACAUCAACUCCGCCUUGGAUCAUCUGCAGACCAUUAACAACACCAGCCCGCUUACUCCACAACAGCGCGAAGACGUGCUCUCAAUGAUAGCAGCGUCAGGGGCCACAGGCGCGGGCGCCAGCGCCGCUCAGCCCGGCGCCAACAAUGCACUUAUGAUGCCAAAUCCACCCUCAAUGCCAUCACUCAACCAGAUCCAGCAGAAUACUGUGCAUCUCGACAUGCUUACCAAACUGCAAAAAGAGCAAGACUCAAAGGUUGCAGACUUGACAAGUCGCUUGCAACCGCUCUCUCCUAGCGGCUCUAUCCCGGGCAUUGCAGCUGGCUUCGAUGAUCUAGGCAACACUAGCGAGUUUGACAUCAACAGCUACCUCAACGACCCCGAAGGUGAAUACUUUGGCAAUUUCGGCACUGAUGGAGGUGUUACUUCUGCGGCUCAGCAAUCCACCUACCCUACCGCGUCUGCACCAGCACAAGAUGUCAGCAACGAUCUCGGCUUCGACUGGGACUACGCACAAGCAAACGGACUACAAGAUACAGACGAUCUGUUCGGCGAAAGCGGAGGCGGAGGAACAGGAGAUGCCAACAACGGCAAUCUCGGCGUCGACGAUCGCGGUGGCAGAGUAGUCGGCAGCGUCAGCUCUGCAGGCACAAGCCCACCAGAUGCAACGAACAAGCAAGGCGAGGAUGAUGAAACACCCAGUAAGAAACGUAGAACGGGCAACUAA